AUGUCAACUAGAAGAAAACGAACCUCCAAGGCAAUUUCAGAUGAUGAAUCUGUUCAAUAUAUUAGUAGUAGUGAAAGACAGGAUGCUUUCCAAAAAGACAUUUACGGUAAUUCAAUUAUUAUUGAACGUAGAAUUACUAGUGAUGGGGAUAGUAGAUACAAAAUCAAAUCCGACUCUGGAAAAGUUAUCUCACAGAGACGUGAAGAUCUAAGCAUAAUUUUAGACUAUAUGUCGAUACAAGUUGAUAACCCUAUAAACAUUUUGACUCAAGACACUGCUCGUCAAUUUCUACAUUCUUCCAGUCCACAAGAUAAAUACACCUUUUUUAUGAAAGGAACUGAAUUGUAUCAACUUAAAGAAGACUAUGACUUUGUUCGUGGAAGUUUGGACACUACAAAUGAAAUACUUAAACGCAAAAGAGAAAUUUUACCAGAAUUAUUUCAAGAAGUAAAAGAGGUCGAGGUUAAACUUCGAGAUAUGAAAAAAGCGUAUGAACUUGAAGCUGUAGUUUCAUCAUUGAAAAAUCAAUUGGCCUGGUCAUUCGUUAAAGAAAAGGAGGAGGAUGUUGCAAAACAUGAAAAGAAUUUACAAGAAGCAAUGAAUAGAUUACCUUCUGUACAAGAUAAGCUGGAAUUGGAAAUUCAUAACUUGGAAGAAAUUGAAUCACAAAUAUCUGAAUUAGAAGAAAAAUUUAAUGCACACGCAGAAACAUCUUUACCAUUACAAAAUAGAAAAGUAGAAUUAAUAGCUCUUAUUAAAAAUAAUAAAGUACAAAUUCAAGAAAUUCGGGCCGAAAAAAAAGAAAUAAAUGAAUCAAUUAAAAAUUAUCGUAUAACAAGCCUAAGGGAAGAAUUGCAGGAAGAUGUACCUGCAAUUAUUUCAGGAGGUGGCGGUUUUUCAACACAAGCAGUCAGAUUGUAUAGAGGGCCAUCAAGAUUUAUUAAAGAUGUUCAAGGUCAAAUGAGAAAUGCGCAAACAAAAUUGAAUGAUGCACGAAGAUUAUUUACUGUUCAUAGAAAUGAUUUAAAUAAUAUAUCUAAUGAUUUAUAUAAUGUUAAGAGAGAAUUGGAUUCUUUAAAGAGUGAAUAUAAUACUGUUAAUCGUAAAAUAAAAUCUUUAGAUUAUCGUAUAACAAGCCUAAGGGAAGAAUUGCAGGAAGAUGUACCUGCAAUUAUUUCAGGGUUAGAAGAAGCAAAGAAUGAAGCAUUACAAGAAAUUGAUAUGUAUAAAAAUCAAUAUCUUCAACUUGCGAGUAAAAAAGAUGUUGCAAAACAUGAAAAGAAUUUACAAGAAGCAAUGAAUAGAUUACCUUCUGUACAAGAUAAGCUGGAAUUGGAAAUUCAUAACUUGGAAGAAAUUGAAUCACAAAUAUCUGAAUUAGAAGAAAAAUUUAAUGCACACGCAGAAACAUCUUUACCAUUACAAAAUAGAAAAGUAGAAUUAAUAGCUCUUAUUAAAAAUAAUAAAGUACAAAUUCAAGAAAUUCGGGCCGAAAAAAAAGAAAUAAAUGAAUCAAUUAAAAGUCUAAAGCAAAACGCAGAAAAACUCCAACAAAAAAUCAACACAGAAAUAGAAAAACUUCAAGAAAACAACGAGAAAAAACAUGAAGAAAAACUUGAGAAAAUCAGAAACGCAGAACAAGAACGUGAGGUACAAUCUAAAAGACUUGACGAAUUCAAAAUAAAAAUCGAAGAACUCGAAGAUUGGACAACAUGA